AUGGAAGGAUCAGUUGAAUAUCCGGCUGCCAAAAGACAGCGCCGAGACGACGAUGAUUCCCAGACUUCACCACCACCACCUUCUUCCUCGCGUCUGUUUGCACCAUUCAGGACUCUUGGUCUAGUCUCCCCUACGAGCGUACCGUUCACGGCCGUUCCACUGGGCAUAACAACCUUUCAGAUCACCACCUCAAUCGGCACUAGUCUGCAGACUUACGAUCUUCGGAGAGGGCUCAAUUUAGUCUUUCUAAGCCGUCCUCGCUGUCCAAGGCAGAUCACUGCUACCGUUGCAUAUCGAGACCGAGUAUUUGUGGCUUGGGGCGGAUUCCAGCCAGGUGAACCUCGAGGCGUCUGGGUCCUGAAGAGAGGGAGGCUCAUUGGAGAGCUGGACAUAAAGGAUGCUACUUUCCAAGAAGUACGCCACUUGAUCGUCUUUGGGUCGUGGAUUGUUGGCUGCGGCUCCGAAGCCAUCGAGGUUUGGAAACUCGACUCCUCUGAGCAUUACACAACUAUUCUUCCUUCCAACCAUCACAGUCGUCCUUCUUCGCACUCAGUCUUUACGGGCUUGACAUGUACCCUCCCGACGAUUUUGAACAAGAUAUUUGUCGGCAGACGUGAUGGCCUGGUCGAGAUCUAUAAUGUGAGCACCGGUAGGCUAGUUCAUACGAUCUUGGCGCCUUCAGGAAAUUCAGGUCCAGUAACGGCUUUAAGCGCCACUCUAGCGCUGGGUUUACUAGCUAUAGCAUACGCCGACGGUUCUAUCAUAAUCUUCGAUGUCGAGACUGACCAACCAGUUCUUGUCUUGCAACAAAGGAAUACUGCCAAGCCUGUGACCUCGAUUACCUUCCGCAGUGAUGGCCUAGGAGCAGGCGAGGAUGGUCGUAAGGAUGGUGUUAUGGCCACUGCCAGUAUUGAAAGUGGAGAUAUCACGUUUUGGGACUUGAAUCGAGGCGGAAAGGUGGUCGGAGUAUUACGAGGUGCACAUGAGACCUCAAACCUGGCCGGUGGGAGUGGUAUCAAUAAGGUCGAAUUUCUUCCCGGCCAGGCUGUGUUGAUCUCUUCAGGAAAGGACAACGCAUUGCGCUCAUGGGUGUUUGACCAAACACCGUUUUCGCCGACUCCACGGCCCCUGCAUUCUCGAAGUGGACAUGCAUCCUCAAUUACCAAACUUCAGUUUCUUCCUGCCGCCUCUGACGGCUCCGAUGCUGCUGGGAAAUGGUUACUAUCUGCUGCUCAAGAUCGCAGUCUCUGGGGCUUCAGUCUUAGAAGGGAUGGACAAAACACAGAAAUCAGUCAGGGAGCUGUCAAGUCCAAAGCCCAGAAGACCGGGUUCGUCACCGAUACUGCCUCGGGGGUGGAGGAAUUCAAAGCAUCACCAAUCAUCGAUAUUGCGUGUUCGCUGAAUCGAGAUGGCGGUAUGGGUUCGGUAAAUGGCCCUGUGUGGGCGAACGCAAAGACAGCAAAUGCAGAACAAGUUGGCAUGACUGGCUGGGAAAGCGUUGUCACCGCUCAUGUUGACGAUUCUUUCGCCAGGACUUGGUCUUGGGGCAGGAAGAAGGCAGGGCGCUGGGCCUUCGAAACAGGAGAUCGCAAACAUGUCACCAGUGUCGCAAUAACCACAUGUGGUACUUUUGCGAUUGUUGGUUCCGCUGGCGGCAGUUUGGACAUGUUCAAUCUCCAGUCAGGAGCGCAUCGGCAACGAUAUCCCCCACGCCUUACCCCGGCGCAAGCAAAGCAAGCCAAGCUACAGCGGGACUGCCCGGAUCCAACGAUCAGCCUACCACGGGGACACAAAGAUGCUAUCUCUGGCAUCGUCGUGGACAAUCUUAAUCGAACCAUGGUCACCACCAGUCUCGAUGGCUCUGUGAUUUUUUGGGACUUUUCAACGGGAAAGGUUGUAGACCGAAAGCACUUUGAUUCUGCCGUGGCCACGGCCUUGCGCUUCAAUCCGGUCUCGGGUCUCCUCGCUCUUUCCUGCGAUGAUCUCUGUAUUCGUGUCAUCGACAUUGAAACCCGCAGGACUGUUCGAGAGCUCUGGGGUUGUGUGGGGCAGAUUUAUGACCUUUGCUUCUCACAUGAUGGCCGAUGGAUUGUAGCAUGUUCCAUGGAUUCCGUCGUUCGGGUGUUCGAUCUCGCAACUGGUCAUCUGAUAGAUGGCUUCAAGACUCCCACCUGCACAAAUGUCGCAUUUUCAGAUACCGGCGAAUUCCUCGCGACCACGCACACGGGUAGCACUGGAAUCAAUAUUUGGACCAAUAAAGCCCUCUUCACCCAUAUUCCUACCAGGCAUGUGGAUGAGGAAACCGGUAUCAUUGAUCUUAGCGAGACCGCUGAGUUUCAGGCAGCAAAUCAGCUCAUUCUUGAUGACGACUUGGAUUCCCAGGACGAACUCAAGAGAGACAGCGGCAAUACGAGUGACCUUGAGCAACUUCAUCAGAACCUACUCACGCUCUCCAUCGUGCCUGCUUCACGGUGGCAAACGCUGCUUAAUCUCGAUCAAGUUCGACAGAGAAACAAACCUAUCCAGCCACCGGAAAAGCCCAAGGCUGCUCCAUUCUUCCUCGGAUCCAGUCUCACCAUUGGCGGUGGAUUGGUAACAGAUACAGCAAGCACAGUUAAGACGAUCGACGAGACGGAGAGAUCUCGCAUUACUCGACUAGCCGCAGACUCGCAGCAGAGCCAUCAAUCCCAAAUGUCCAAUCUCCUCGAAAGAUUUAGCUCUGAUGCAAUUCGAGACCCAACGUCGAUCGCGGAGCAUCUAGCCGCGUUACCUCCAUCAGCCGCGGACCUCGAAAUCCGAUCUCUGACUCUAGACGAGAUGCCACUUUUCAUCCGCGCGCUCACAGAGCAAUUGCGGUUAAGAAAAUAUUUCGAACUGGUGAAUACGUGGAUGAAUGUCUUCCUUAGGCUACACGGCGACUUCAUCAGUGAGGUAGCUGAUCUGGGUGCGGCGGUCUCGGCAUGGCGUGUAGCAAUGGAGUCUGAGGAGAAGAGACUCAGUCAGCUGGUAGGCUAUACCCGGGGCGUGGUGGAUUUCCUACGAAGUGCAAGGUAG